AUGUCGCUAGAAUUAUAUACUAAAAGACUCAACGAAAUCGUUCGUCCGACAGGGAACGUCAAAGAACAACUUUUGUCAGCAAUCAAGGACAUCGAAUCCAAAAUAGAGCAUCUAAAAGAAAUAAUCUUUCUUUCAGAAAAUUGUGAGAUCUCUCAUGUUUGUCAUGCGUCUGAAGAUCUAAAAGUUCGUAUGGAAAAGUUGUUUGAGGGAAUAUCGAAAAAUCAAGAACAUAUGGUGGGCUUAAUUCCCAAAGUAUCCCCCUUGCACGAUGUAGCAUAUCCAGUAAUAGAAGAAUGUGAAGCCCUAACAAAGCAGUUGAGGAUCUUGGAAUUCGCUGAACACUUGUCAUUUCUUGAGUCUGGUGUAUUAUCUGCUAGAAUAAUUAAUGACAAGGACAUUCUAAUUGAGUCAAUUAAACAAUAUUUUUCCUUCCUUAAUACGCAGUUAUCGACUGAUCCGGAUAUUUUGCCCUCUAUUUUGGAACAAUCUCAACAGCAUAAAACGUGUUUAGAUUCCUUGCUAUAUUUAAUGACGGAUUUUGAGUGCUUACUAAAGAAACUAAAUUUUCCUGUUAUUGUAUCUGAAGUUCUUGAGGAAGGAGGAUUACAAACGUGGUGUGAUGAUGAUUUGCAGUCAUUUUCCAAUGACUUUCAAGCUCUUUCUACAUUCGAUAUUUCUCAUCUAAAUAUUUUAAUAUCGAAACCGUUACUAAUAGAUGUAUGCUUUCCAAUGCAUAUUAUUCUGGCUCCUAUGGAGAAGCGUUUCCGUUAUCACUUUUGUGGCUCUCAGAAGACAAACAGAAUCGAUAUGCCUGAAUGGUACAUGUCACAAGUUCUUCAGUGGAUCCGAACAAAUGAUUAUUUUGUUACAGUGGUCGAUCGUGAUUUCAUCUCUGAUAAAGACAAUACUCCUGUUAGCGUCCGAUUGCAGCUCAUGCGCGGUUUGGUCACAUUACUAUUAGAUAAACUACACUAUGACCUUGGUAUAUCUGCUUUUAUGCCAGUACGAUUUGGUUAUCAAUUUCAAAUGCGACGUUCUAACUCUGAAAUAUUAAGUUGUCCUAUGGACUCUGAUCCCGGUAAUAGUUCUAGUAGUGAAUUGCUAGAAAAUGCACAAAAUUUCAGCCACUUAAUUGAUGUCAUAUUACAGACGGAUGCGAAAUUAACUCAGCUAGCAUAUCCAAAUGAUUAUCCUAAACCGAGUGAUGUGCUUUCACAUCCCAAAGUUUUUUCACGUUGGCUUUUACUAGAACAGUGUUUAGCUUCUGACAGAUUAAAGCUUGUCCUCGGGAAUUUCUCAUCUUGGUCUGUUGUUGACGAAACUGAAAAGCGGCCCCAAUGUGUCGAUGAUUUCAUUGCACUUCUCCAUGCUGUAGGUUUUAGAAGUCGACAACUAUCUGACAAAAUAUCACGGGCUAGAUUUGUCCAAAUUCAAUUGAAUUUAAUUCGUGAAUUUUUUAAUGAUAUCGUGUUGUUCGCACGUCGAAAAAUCGAAAAUGAUAACUCAAAUGACCUUGGCCAGUCAAAAAACAAAUCUGAAGUUAGCAAUGCUAAAACUACAGUGCUCGGAAGUUUGUUUUCAUCACGUAGUCGCUCGCCAAAUGCUAGUUCAGAAACUAAGAAAAUUUCAAUCAUCAAUCAGUUAUUCAAUUGUUUUGUUGAUGGGAUUGGUCAGAAAUUAUCUUCUCGGUGGAUAAUUGUGUUGAAUGCAAUCAAAUGUCUUCACGAUGUGAUGUUGGAAUGGGCCAACGAUCAAUAUUACGUAACAUUUUGGGAAGAUUUAAGCACUCGCGCGUUAUUACAGUUUGGAGAUCCUUGGCUAAUUGACAUUGGUCUUUGUCCUCUUGUUACCGAUGAAAUAGUAAAAGAGUCAGAACAGAAUGAACCUAAAAAUGAAACAUUUGACGAGUUGCAUUCUUCCAAUACUUACCUUGGUUUACAUGGUGGUGUUUUCACUCAGAUGCUAAGAUUGUACAAUCGUGAGAUUAAAAAUAUGUUGAAAGAAACAGUCGAUUUAACAUUGACAGAUUUAAAAAGUAAAUCUUUGGUAUAUGUUUAUGCAACUGAUCACUGGCUUCGAGCUAGUUCUGUUUCCGGUUAUUUAAGUAAUAUGAAAAAUGAACUCUCCAAUUUAAUGAUGUCAGCUAAUGCGUCAGUAUUCUUCCUUGCAUUACGUGACUGGUUGUAUCAAUUAUCAGAAUCAUUACAUCCAAAACUUUUCACACAUGUAUGGAAAGAAAUUGCAUCACAAUUAGAUGAUUAUUUGUAUAAUGACUUUAUGGUCAAUUUUGGUUGUCUCAUUCUGUCAAAUCGAUUUAGUCCUCUGGGUGCUGCACAACUUCGUUUUGAUCUUACUAACUACUUGUAUCCAAUGUUCAGUUUGUAUACUGAACGUCCUGAGUCAUACUUCUUUCAAAUUCGUGAUGCAUGUGUUCUUCUAAAUUUAUUGCGUGGAACAGCCGAAUUAUUGAGAGAAACUAUCAUGGAAUCAAUGAAUAGCCAACAGAAGCGUGAUAACGAUCCACUUGGACCUUUACUUGAAUUAGGCGUUUAUAGACUAACUCCGGAAGAAGCUCUUCGUAUUUUGUCUUUACGUGCCAUUCCAGAAUAA